AUGAAGCUCUUGAUCUUGGGCCUUGCGGCAGCGAUUUUGUCCCAGGCCGCACCGACCGGUGUGUCUACAAGGGCAGCAUGCGCAACGAAGUCUCAAAGGAAGGCAUGGCAUACCCUGACUCGAGAUGAGAAGCUAGCCUACCUCAACGCCGAGAAAUGCCUCAUGUCUCUUCCAGCGGAGCUGGGUUUCGAAGGGCCCAGAACCCGCUUCGACGAAUUUCAAAAGCUGCACGUUUUCGCUACGUCAACAGUGCAUUUCGUUGGAGCUUUCCUCCCCUGGCACCGUUACCUCAUCCACACACACGAACAUGUUUUGAAAACCGAAUGCAACUACACUGGCACUCAUCCCUACUGGGACGAGCCUCUAGAUGCGGGAAAUUUCACGCACUCCAUCCUUCUAGAUCCCGAGACUGGCUUUGGGGGCGACGGUGCCGGGCCUAACAAUUGCAUUCAAAAUGGUCCCUUCAAACAUUACGUCAACGCGAUCGGGCCGGGUCAAUCAAUCACAGAUCAUUGCAUCGACCGUCAAAUAAAUGAUUGUACGAGUGCCAUGGCAGCUCAGACGAACGUCGAUCAGUGCAUGGCGAUGCAGAACUUCUCGACCAUGUGGCCAUGUCUCGAAGGCGCGCCGCACGGUGGAGGGCAUGGCGGAAUUGGAGGAGAGAUGUUGAAUUUGUGGUCCAGCCCUGGAGAUCCUCUGUUUUACUUGCACCACGCGUACCUCGACAAGCUAUGGUGGCAGUGGCAAGCUAUGGAUCUCCCGCUUCGUCUCCAAGACAUCACAGGCAGCAAUCAGCCCGUGUCAUUCGGUCCCUUCCCCGGAACCAAUGGUUCUUUUCCCGGCUUUCCCGGCAACGGAAGCAUACCGGGUUUCCCUGGUAAUGGGACAUUUCCUCCUGGUGGUCCAGGCAAUGGAAGCUGCGGGAUGUUUCCUGGUGGACCGUUUCCACCGGUCGGCACCGGUCCACCGCGAACAAAUCUGGUGAAGAGAGAUGGAGAUCCGGGAAAUGUGACGACAUUGGGGCAUGUGUUGACGAUGUUUGGGAUGAUGCCAAAUGUGACGGUUGCGGAUGUUAUGGAUGUUCAGGGUGGUUUGCUGUGCUAUGAGUAUAUAUAG